GAAGUCAUGUGGUUGUGUGUUUCUGUUCAGGCCUGUCCUGCUGUUUAGACUUGUGAUUUUGACACUGACAGCGCUUAUGUUGGACUACAGUCACACUCCUAGUCAAAAGUGAAUGCGACGAGCUAAUUUCAAGCCACCGACUGACUGUAAGUGGCCGGUGACUUGUGCAUACUGGAAGGGGACUUGGGGGGAAGCUGAUACCGUAUUCAGUUUCCCCCCUGCUCCGAGGAAAUGGAGAUUACUUCGGAGGAAAAAGCCGAGGAACGCAGGAGGGAACACUGGAAGCUGCUGUCUAGUCUGAAGACCACGGUGGAGGGCCUGGUGUCCAGCAGCAACCCCAACGUGUGGUCUCGCUACGGGGGUCUGCAACGGCUGCACAAGGACAUGAACCACAUCCUCAGCCACGGCCUCAAGCACGAGCAGGUGUACUACAAGCAGAAAGACUACUGGCCCUUUGUGUGGCGUGUCCGCUCUGUCAGCCCUCACCUGGCCUCUCAUGUAGAACAGUUUAGUAAGCUGGAGCCUGUGCUGAGCAGUGGGCUGAAGAGUGUUGGGGAGGGUUACAAGGCCGAGCGCUGGCUGCUGCACAGCCUACAGGUCCACCUGCUGUCAGCCCAGCUCCGACCCCUGCUCAAACACCAGGGACACACGAGCAAGUACUACAACGGUAAGAGUGGGAGACAAAACAGAUUUGGCAUUUGGGUGGGGGAGUCGGAGUGGGUGGGGGAGUCGGAGUGGGUGGGGGAGUCGGAGUGGGUGGGGGAGUCGGAGUGGGUGGGGGAGUCGGAGUGGGUGGGGGAGUCGGAGUGGGUGGGGGAGUCGGAGUGGGUGGGGGAGUCGGAGUGGGUGGGGGAGUCGGAGUGGGUGGGGGAGUCGGAGUGGGUGGGGGAGUCGGAGUGGGUGGGGGAGUCGGAGUGGGUGGGGGAGUCGGAGUGGGUGGGGGAGUCGGAGUGGGUGGGGGAGUCGGAGUGGGUGGGGGAGUCGGAGUGGGUGGGGGAGUCGGAGUGGGUGGGGGAGUCAGAGUGGUCUGCUGUUGAUGAGUCUGCUGUUGAUGAGUCUGCUGUUGAUGAGUCUGCUGUUGAUGAGUCUGCUGUUGAUGAGUCUGCUGUUGAUGAGUCUGCUGUUGAUGAGUCUGCUGUUGAUGAGUCUGCUGUUGAUGAGUCUGCUGUUGAUGAGUCUGCUGUUGAUGAGUCUGCUGUUGAUGAGUCUGCUGUUGAUGAGUCUGCUGUUGAUGAGUCUGCUGUUGAUGAGUCUGCUGUUGAUGAGUCUGCUGUUGAUGAGUCUGCUGUUGAUGAGUCUGCUGUUGAUGAGUCUGCUGUUGAUGAGUCUGCUGUUGAUGAGUCUGCUGUUGAUGAGUCUGCUGUUGAUGAGUCUGCUGUUGAUGAGUCUGCUGUUGAUGAGUCUGCUGUUGAUGAGUCUGCUGUUGAUGAGUCUGCUGUUGAUGAGUCUGCUGUUGAUGAGUCUGCUGUUGAUGAGUCUGCUGUUGAUGAGUCUGCUGUUGAUGAGUCUGCUGUUGAUGAGUCUGCUGUUGAUGAGUCUGCUGUUGAUGAGUCUGCUGUUGAUGAGUCUGCUGUUGAUGAGUCUGCUGUUGAUGAGUCUGCUGUUGAUGAGUCUGCUGUUGAUGAGUCUGCUGUUGAUGAGUCUGCUGUUGAUGAGUCUGCUGUUGAUGAGUCUGCUGUUGAUGAGUCUGCUGUUGAUGAGUCUGCUGUUGAUGAGUCUGCUGUUGAUGAGUCUGCUGUUGAUGAGUCUGCUGUUGAUGAGUCUGCUGUUGAUGAGUCUGCUGUUGAUGAGUCUGCUGUUGAUGAGUCUGCUGUUGAUGAGUCUGCUGUUGAUGAGUCUGCUGUUGAUGAGUCUGCUGUUGAUGAGUCUGCAGAGGAUUUUUUCUUCUUGAUUGCUGCUGGUGCAUAUUACACGUCUCUCUCUCUCUCUCUCUCUCUCUCUCACUCUCUCUGCUUUGUGGUAAUCUUUCUCUCUCUCCCUGUCUCUCUUCCUUGUCUGCGUGAAGGAGGGGGCCACAGGAAAAUCAACGUUAUAAUAGAGCAUCCUGUAGCAGAAUCAUUGGUUGCGGAGGACUGUCGAUUGGAGGACUACAGCCCUUUCUCCCUUGGCAGCAGUGAUGCCAGUACACCCAGUUCCCUCUAUAUGGAGUCUAACGGCUCCCAGUACAGCAGUGUUCCAGACUGCAUGUUCCGGAAGCCGUUGGAAGGACAGAGCCUCAUCAGCUACCUGUCAGAGCAGGACUUCGGCAGCUGUGCUGACCUGGAGAAGGAGAACGCCCACUUCAGCAUCUCUGAGUCUCUGAUCGCCGCCAUCGAGCUGAUGAAGUGCAACCUGCGGCGGCGGGUGGUGGUGGAGGAUGAGGAGGAGGGUGACGACAGUGACUCAGAGAUCCGGCAGCUCAAACAGAAGAUCCGGCUGCGUAGACGCCAGAUCCAGCGGACCCGCCUGCCUCCCUCACAGCGCUUGUUCCAUUCAACAGACAGUGGAUGCUCCCGCAGGAGCUCCCAGGAUUCCUUUCACCUGUCCAACUCCGGCUCGGCUGAGGAGGUGGAGGAGUGCGAGCUGAAAGAUGGCUGUGAGGGCCAGUCCCUGAUGGCGGUAUCUAAGAGUGUCUCCCUGUCGCACGCCUCCCUCUUCUCAGAUGCAGACAUAAAGCGCGGUGUGACAUCCAGUGGCCGCUCUUUCCUCAGAUCAGAAUCUAUUUCUCCGUCGUUCCUCCAGUCUAACUCUGCUGAGUCGGUGGCCAUGGGCCUGCUCAGGCAGUUUGAGGGCAUGCAGCUCCCUGCAGCCUCGGAGCUCGACUGGCUGGUCCCAGAACAAGACGCACCACAGAAGCUCCUGCCCAUCCCUGACUCCCUGCCCAUCUCUCCUGAUGACGGGGAGCAUGCUGAUAUCUACAAGCUGAGGAUCCGAGUGAGAGGGAACCUGGAGUGGGCCCCGCCGCGACCCCAGAUCAUCUUCAACAUUCACCCCGCGCCCAAGAGGAAGAUCGUUGUGGCCAAGCAGAACUACCGCUGUGCAGGCUGCGGGACUCGCAUAGACCCAGACUACAUCAAGCGAAUGCGCUAUUGUGAGUACCUGGGCCGCUACUUCUGCCAGUGUUGCCAUGAGAACGCCCAGGCGGUGGUGCCGGGCCGUGUGCUGAGGAAGUGGGACUUCAGCAAGUACUAUGUCAGCAACUUUGCCCGGGACCUGCUGGGCAAGAUAUCAGGAGACCCCCUGUUCAACCCCAACGACAUCAACAGUGGCCUCUACAAGAAAACCAAAGCCCUGGAGACUGUCCGGGUUUUGAGGGUCCAACUAUUCCACAUGAAAAACCUCUUCAAGACCUGCCGCCUGGCUAGAGACGUGCUGGACCAGUUCGACAGCCUCCCUGGUCACCUGACUGAGGACCUGCACCUGUUCUCACUCAGCGACCUCAAUGCUGUGCGCAAUGGAGAGCUGGCCCCCCGGCUACGAGAGCUUCUGAAAUUGGGUUCCGCGCACGUGGCUGGCUGUGUGCUGUGUCAGGCCAAGGGCUUUGUGUGUGAGUUCUGCGGCAACGACAAAGACAUCAUCUUCCCCUUCCAGUUGAACAAGUGCACGUGCUGCGAAGAGUGCAAGGCGUGUUUCCACAGCAAAUGUUUUCAGGCAGGCAAGGAGUGCCCGCGGUGCCAGCGCUUGGCAGAGCGGCGGGAGAGGAUGGCACGCAAGAACAUGGAGGAGCAGGAGGAUGAGGAGGAGGACGAGGGAGGCGGGAGCUAGGAAGAUGAACUGAGGGAACGAGGGUGGCGGGGAGCUAGGACGACGAACUGAGGAAACGAACGAGGGUGGCGGGGAGCUAGGACAACGAACUGAGGGAACGAGGGAGCUGGAAAAGAAAGAUGGAAAAACCAAGAGCACAACAUGACAAUGAUUGUAGGGACCUUAUUCCUUCAACUCCUCCCUCCAUUCGUCCCUCUUUCCCCUGAAAGUCCAGCUUCUGGAUAGCGGAUGAGCUCUGAUGGUUUGGAUUCUUGCUGUUGUUUUUUGAAGGUCUUGCCAAUUUGCUAAAUAACAUAUUAUAUUAACAUAUUGGCUGCUUUUAUGGUUUUCUGCUCUGAUUGCAGAUAUCCAUCGUAUGAUGUAGUCCUGCCAUUUAUGUAAACAAGUUGAUCAAUUUAAAUAGAACAAGGAAGGUAGAAAUACUGAAAUCAACCACAGUAAAUAGAAAAAGGAAUCCCUUUAAUACAAGUGCGAUUUACUCCAACCCAUUUCAGGCUAUUUUAGCCAAGUGCCUCUGCGACCAAUGGUCUUAUACUGGCAGAGCUGGUGCACCAUUGGUCGUUCUGGAGGAGUUGGAAUGACAGGUCUUUGGAGGGAGUCUUUCAGUCAGUGUUGCACAGAGUUACGAAUAUUUUGUAAGAUGAGACAGCGUGUUUGUCCUGCUUUGUGUGCAUUCUACAAAAAAGUGUGUGGUGUGUGUGUGUGUGAGAGAGGGGUGUGUGUGUGUGAGAGAGGGGUGUGUGUGUGUGAGAGAGGGGUGUGUGUGUGUGAGAGAGGGG